AUGAGUGAUGUCAUGUGGUGUGACACCACUCACCGUAAGGUAGGUACGCCCACGUUUGUCAUUGCCUUCCAAAAUGUUGUGCCUGUAAGUCGUGUAUCUAUUGGAGGUCGGGAGUGCUUGGCAGAUUACAACUGCAAGGAUGCGCCGGGCCCCGAUGUGCAGUGGAGCUUCUUUUCUCUUCUGCCUACUUGUUCUGUUCGCAUUAAUUUUGGCUACUUGCACCCAUGCUGCAAAGCCAAGUUACUUAAGGCAAUUCAAUCGCAACAGUUUUCCCGCUGGUUUCCUUUUUGGUUCCGGAUCAGCAGCGUACCAGGAGCAGCAAAUGAACAUGGAAGAGGACCAAGCAUAUGGGAAACUUUUGUUAGGGAACAUCCAGAAAAAAUAGCGGAUCAGAGUACGGGAGAUGUUGCUGUUGAUUUUUAUCAUCGAUACAAGGAGGACAUAAAGUUGAUGAAGAAAUUUGGUUUCGACUCCUUCAGAUUCUCCAUUUCAUGGACCAGAAUUUUACCUAAGGGGAAAAUUAGCAGAGGAGUGAACCAACAAGGGGUCCAAUUUUACAACAACCUCAUCAACGAGCUCCUUGCCAACGGUUUAAAACCCUUUGUUACUGACAGAGCACAGAGUAAAGGAAGCAUGGCGCAGAGAAUUUGGAAGGGAAGCUUAAUCAAUAUUCCCUUUUUACUCAUCGCAUCUCAAAAGGGAAAAAUUGGGAUUACAAUAGUGACCAAUUGGUAUAAGCCAAUAUCUAAUACUGCUGCAAACCGCAUGGCCACUUCCAGAGCUCUAGACUUCUUUUUCGGAUGGUUUGUACGUCCCAUAACUUUUGGUGACUAUCCCAAGAGCAUGCGAUCAGCGGUGGGAAGUAGACUUCCCAAAUUCAGUGAAGCUCAGUCCAAGAUGCUAAAAGGGUCCCUCGACUUUCUUGGUGUCAAUCACUGCACCACAAAUUAUGUAGAAAAUGCUCCUUCGUCCAACAAAGUCAACCUUAGUUAUGCUGAUGAUAGAAGAAUCAAGCUCACAACUGAAAAGAAGGGAGUUUCCAUUGGCUUACCGACGGCUUUGAGCUGGCUUUUCAUUUAUCCUAAGGGAUUGCGAGAGCUUUUACUAUAUAUAAACGAGAAUUACAACAAUCCAGCCAUUUACAUUACUGAGAAUGGAGUGGCUGAUGCAAACAAUGCCUCGUUGCCAAUUAAAGAUGCGCUUAAGGAUAAUGUGAGGAUAAGAUACCUCCAUGGCCACCUCACCUAUCUUUUAAAAGCAAUCAAGGAGGGUGUUGAUGUCAAGGCUUAUUAUGUGUGGACAUUUUUGGAUGACUUUGAAUGGGAUGCUGGAUAUACCGUCAGAUUUGGCCUCACGUACAUUGAUUUCAAGAAUAAUUUGAAAAGAUACCUCAAAUAUUCAGCCUAUUGGCUCAAGAUGUUCCUCCUUAAGUGAACCUGCAUGCAGCUGAUCUGAUCAUCCGCGCCCAGAGGGAAAUUCUUCCCAGCAACUUGUCAGCUGAUCAUCUGUUUGAAUUUGGCAAUUGUAAUAAGAAAUUUCCUAGCUUUAUAUUUAGUUUACGGGCUUCUAUAUAUGUAUGUUGACUAAGGUACUCUUAUCUUUCUAAUGUGUGCUAGGACUUAUUGCAUCUAGCACUGCCGUCACUCUAGUACGAUUGUAAUGCAAUGCAUGUAAUACUCUCAGGUCUUGAAAGAGUCCAAAAUGCAUUAAGUAUAAGGUUCAAGAACAUAUUGAGAGAGUUUAUGAGCUAUCAAAACUCUUCAAGACUGCCGAGUAUGUUCUAUAAUUUAAUUAAUAAGAAGGCCUCUCAGGAUGGCUUUUGAUA